UCAAUUUAAUAUCUUUAUUUGGAACGUCUUUGAGCAAAAUAAUCAUAUUGAGCGAUGGCUUUUGCUUCUUGUACUUUUAUCUUCUUCCUACUUUUGCUUCCACUCUUAGCUAUUGCUCAGACCGAUGGAAGGGUAGCUGUGGGUGCAUCUCUCACUGCAGCUCACAAUGCCUCUCCUUGGCUUUCAACUUCUGGGGAUUUUGCAUUUGGGUUUCACCCAACUGACAAUGAGGAUCUUUUCUUGCUUUCUAUAUGGUUUGAUAAGAUACCUGGUAAAACCGUUGUCUGGUACGCACACGAAGAUGGGAACCCUGUUCUUGUGCCAGAAGGGUCAAAGAUUGUGCUAAACGCUGAAAAUGGGUUGCUGUUGAGCAAUGCUCGAGGAGAACGAGUAUGGAAAUCUGCUGUAGCCAGGGCGGACGUUGCUUAUGGUGUUAUGAAUGAUACUGGUAACUUCGCAAUUAAAAGUCGUAAUUCGGACAUGCUGUGGGAGAGCUUUGCCCACCCUACCGAUACAUUGCUGCCUGCUCAGAUAAUGAAAAUUAAUGGGCAGCUUUUUUCUCGACAAAAAGAGAACAACUUUUCACGGGGAAGGUUCCUGCUCAGUCUACGUGAAAAUGGAGAUCUUGUCCUCAAUAUUGUAAAUUUGCCCACUAAUCUGGUUUAUGAUGGAGAUGGACCAUAUUAUAAUAGCCAUACUAGUGAUCCUGCAAAUGAAUCAAAUUCAGGUAAUCAAUUGAUCUUCAACGAGUCUGGAGAUGUUUACGUGUUGAGAAGGAAUGGUCAAAGAUCUCUCCUCGGAACAGGAUCGACACUUCCCACUCCACGUGAAGACUUUUAUCAGAGGGCAACUCUGGAUUUUGAUGGUGUUUUUGCCCAAUAUUAUUAUCCAAAGAUAAAUACCGGAAAUGAUAGCUGGUCAACUGUUUGGUACCAACCAGAAAAUAUUUGUUUACGUUUUGGAGGGCUGGGUAGUGGGGCAUGUGGGUUUAACAGUAUCUGCAGCCUAAAUGAAAAUGGGAGGCCAACUUGUAACUGCCCACCGGGAUUUUCUUUCCUUGAUCCAAAUGAUAACUACGGAAGCUGCGAGAGAGACGGUGAAUUAGAUUGUCAUGAAGAUGGACAGAUAUCCAAGGAAGAUCUAUAUGAUAUUGAGGUGCUACCAGACACUAAUUGGCCAACAUCUGAUUAUGAGCGUUACGGAACUAAUUAUGAUGAGCAGGAUUGUAAAACAUCUUGUUUGAAUGAUUGUUUCUGUGUCGUUGCCAUUUAUGGAGGAGGGAGCUGCUGGAUGAAGAAGCUACCGCUGUCAAAUGGAAGGAAAAACAGUAGCGAUAAGAGCAAGGCCUUCAUUAAAGUUCCUAGAGGUGACCGUCCUCCAUCAUUCCCUAAUCUUCGAGAGGCUGAUGAUGACAAGAACAAACGCAAUUUGAUCAUCACUGGAUCAGUACUCUUAGGUACCUCUGUAUUUGUAAACUUGGCCUUAAUUGGAGCAUUGUGCCUCAGUUUUUUCUUCAUCUACAAGAAAAAGCUCUCCAAAAUUGACCAAGGCGGAUUAGAGACAAAUUUGCGGCUUUUCACCUACAAAGAACUUGCAGAAGCUACCAAUGGUUUCGAGGAAAAGCUUGGGAGAGGAGCUUUUGGCGUUGUUUACAAAGGGACAACGCGAAUGAGUGCCAGUGGUUCUAGGAUUAGUAUUGCAGUGAAGAAGUUAGACAGAGUGGUCACAGAUGGGGACAAGGAAUUCAAAACUGAAAUAAAUGUGAUUGGGCGGACACAUCAUAAGAAUUUAGUCCAAUUACUAGGAAUUUGCGAAGAGGGAGAGCAGCGGUUGCUGGUGUACGAGUUCUUAAGCAAUGGCACUUUAGCGGAAUAUCUUUUCGGAAACAGAAAGCCUAGUUGGUGUCAAAGGACCCAAAUUGCCUUAGGAGUUGCUAGAGGACUUGUGUACCUACACGAAGAAUGCAGCACUCAGAUCAUCCAUUGUGAUAUAAAGCCUCAGAAUAUACUUCUUGAUGACAAUUACAAUGCUCGAAUAUCUGACUUUGGGUUGUCCAAGCUUUUGAUGAUGGAUCAAACACAAACCAAAACGGCUAUUAGAGGGACAAAAGGAUAUGUUGCACCUGAAUGGUUUCGGAACUUGCCAGUAACAGUUAAGGUUGAUGUCUACAGCUUUGGCGUUUUACUACUGGAAAUCAUUUGUUGUCGGAGAAGUGUUGUGGAUGAGGAGAUGGGUGAUGAAGGCAACAUAAUAUUAACUUAUUGGGCUUAUGACUGCUACUCGGAAGGAAAAAUAGAUGCCUUGGUUAGUAAAGACAUGGAGGUCAUGAAUGAUACAAAGAGUUUGGAGAGGUUUUUGAUGGUUGCCUUUUGGUGCAUUCAAGAGGACCCAUGUCUCAGACCCAGUAUGAGGAAGGUUAUACAGAUGCUUGAAGGAGUCGUCCAUGUAACUGUUCCCCCAAAUCCAUCUCCAUUUAGCACUAUAGGGUGAAAGCGCCUAACUCAUCUUUUUCAUUUAUUUGUUUUCCUUUGGCCAAAGCCCUUCUUGCGUCUCUAUGAUGGCUGGGUACUUUGUAUCUGUUUGCUUUCUGGAGGUAGCUUUGCAUAUAAAUGUUGUCACAACAUAUGUAUUACUUGAUUUAUCUCGGAAUAACAUUUUACUA